AUGGCUUCUGUGCCCCACGUCGGGCGCAAGCCUGCCACGGUCCUCUCCGCCACCGAGCUCAUCGGCAACACGCCGCUCAUCCGGCUCAACAAGGUGCCGCAGUCUCUCGGCAUCGAGUGUGAGGUCUACGCCAAGACGGAGCUGUUCAACGCCGGCGGCAGCGUCAAGGACAGGAUCGCCCUACGCAUGAUUGAGCAGGCGGAGAAGAGCGGUAGGAUAAAGCCUGGCGACACGCUCAUCGAGCCGACGAGCGGCAACACUGGCAUCGGCCUGGCCCUCGUCGGCGCCAUCAAGGGCUACAAGACCAUCAUCACGAUGCCGGAAAAGAUGUCGGCCGAAAAGGUCUCGGUCCUGCGUGCCCUCGGCGCCACCAUCAUCCGCACCCCCAACCAGGCCGCCUGGGACGCGCCCGAGUCCCACAUCGGCGUCGCUCGCCGUCUCGAGAAGGAGAUGCCCAACGCCCACAUCCUCGACCAGUACAGCAACCUCGACAACCCGCUCGCCCACGAGCACGGCACCGCCGAGGAGAUCUGGGAGCAGACGGGCGGCAGGAUCGACGCCGUCGUCGCCGGCGCCGGCACCGGCGGCACCAUCACGGGCAUCGCGAGGGGUCUGAAGAAGCACGACGGCAAGAUCAAGGUCAUCGCCGCCGACCCGCAGGGCAGCAUCCUCGCCCUGCCCGAGUCGCUCAACGAGGAGCACGUCAACGAGCCGUACAAGGUCGAGGGCAUUGGCUACGACUUCGUCCCCGACGUGCUAGAGCGCACCAUCGUCGACAGGUGGUACAAGACGGACGACGACGAGUCCUUCUACCUCGCCCGCCGGCUCAUCGCCGAGGAAGGCCUCCUCGUCGGCGGCAGCUCCGGCUCCGCCAUGGCGGCCAUGCUCAAGGCCGUCAAGGACUACGGCUUCAAGAAGGGCGACGUCGUCGUCGUCGUCAUGCCCGACAGCAUCCGGAGCUACCUCUCCAAGUUUGCCGACGACGACUGGCUCGCGGCCAACAACCUGCUCCCCGUCCGCGGCGACGUCCAGGUCAACGGCGUCGAGUCGGCCGCCGUCAAGACGGACGCCAACGACCCCUACGCCGGGGCCACCGUCGCCUCGCUGCGCCUGAAGCCCGUCACCUCCGUCUCCGACACGGCCCGCUGCUCCGAGGCCGUCGAGACGAUGCGCGACAAGGGCUUCGACCAGCUGCCCGUCCUCUCCGCCUCCCACAAGCUCGUCGGCCUCGUCACGCUCGGAAACCUGCUGAGCUACAUGUCGCGCGGCCGCGCCACGGGCUCGAGCCCCGUCCGGGACGUCAUGUUCAACUUUGGCCGUUUCGACGAGAUCGUCACCGACCUCCGCCACGGCGCCACGGGCGAGACGGUCGGCCCGAAGAGGAAGUUUGUCGAGAUCACCGUCGACACGCCGCUCUCGACCCUGAGCAGCUUCUUCGAGUGGAACAGCGCGGCCGUGGUGACGGAGAAGAGCGCCGACGGGAAAUCGCUGUCGAAGCCGAUUGCCGUCGUGACCAAGGUCGACCUCCUGACCUGGAUGGUCAACCGCAAGCAGUGA